AUGGAUAUUGCUUUUCUUCUUUCUAAUGCUGAUGACAUUCCUGGUUUACAUAUUUAUAGCUUUUUAUCAAUUAUAAUUCCAAUAGCUUUUAAUACAAUUGUGGCUAUAUUUUUAUUAUGUCUGGAAAUUAAAUAUAACAAAGAUUUUAGAGAUUGGUGUUGUGAUAAUGAAUUAACCGUUGCAUCAUAUACAAUAAUAUCAUGUGCUGAUGUAGAAGCUCUUCAUAUAUUAAAUACAUUCAUUAACGAUGUUAAUCCGAAUCUUAGACUUGAAUUAUUCAGAGCUUUAUUUUCGGCACCUAAAUUUGAAAAAAUCACUAAAUGGGUAACUUAUGCUGGUUGUUUUAAUAUUUUCUUGGAAGAAAUUCCACAAUUUAUUAUUCAGGUUUAUUAUCAAAAACAUAUAAUUUCUUAUACAAUUUUACCUUCUUUAACUCUUAUAUCAAGUUUAGUCACAUUAUGUGUUGGACAAAUAGAAGAUAUUGAAGUAUUAAUUAUUUAA